AUGCGUUGUCCACAGCGACGGCUCGUAGCCGCUGGUUCCAAGUGGUCUCGAACGGCGUCCCACCUCUGUGGUCCCGAAUUGCGGCCCCACGUUGGGCGCCAGCUGUUUUGCGAAUCUUUGACCUUCAAGGACGUAUCAGUAGAUUUCUCUUGGGAGGAGUGGGAAUGUCUUGACCCAGCUCAGCGGAAAUUGUACUCAGAUGUGAUGUUGGAGAAUUACAGCAACCUAGUCUCCCUGGGUCUGGUUGUUUCUAAGCCAGUCCUGGUCACAUUUUUGGAACAAAUGCAGGAGAUCUGGGAUGUUUCCAGAAAAAAGUCAAUAUCCACCGCCCCAGGUAGGUGA